AUGCUUCCUCAAGUUAAAGUCAUCAUGGAGAAGUCCCUGACAGAGUUAAACAAAGCUGGCUCCCGGUCAACAUCGUCACUGCCACCCGAACCCGUGGACAUCAUUCGCAGCAAGUCAUGUUUCCGCCGAGUCAGGCUGAACGUCGGGGGUCUCCCGCACGAGGUCCUGUGGCGAACGUUAGACAGGCUACCACGAACACGUUUGGGGAAGUUAAGGGACUGCAACUCCCACGAAUCUCUGAUGGAAGUGUGCGACGACUACAAUCUCGAGGAGAACGAGUACUUUUUUGACCGGCACCCGGGCGCGUUCACGUCCAUUCUGAACUUUUACCGCACGGGUAAGCUGCACAUGAUGGAGGAGAUGUGCGCCCUGUCGUUCAGCCAAGAGCUCGACUACUGGGGCAUCGACGAGAUCUACCUGGAGUCGUGCUGCCAGGCCAGGUACCACCAGAAAAAGGAGCAGAUGAACGAGGAGCUCAAAAGGGAGGCGGACAAUUUGAAAGACAGAGAGGGAGAAGAGUUUGACAACACUUGCUGUGCUGAAAAGCGGAAGAAACUGUGGGACCUCCUGGAGAAGCCCAGCUCAUCUGUUGCAGCAAAGAUCUUGGCCAUCAUCUCCAUCCUCUUCAUCGUGUUGUCCACCAUCGCCCUGUCUCUGAACACCCUCCCGGAGCUGCAGGACACGGACGAGUUUGGCCAGUCGACGGACAACCCGCAACUGGCCCACGUGGAAGCUGUAUGUAUUGCCUGGUUUACGAUGGAAUACCUGCUCCGUUUCCUCUCCUCCCCCAACAAGUGGAAGUUCUUUAAGGGUCCUCUGAACGUCAUCGACCUGCUGGCCAUCCUGCCCUACUACGUCACCAUUUUCCUGACAGAAUCCAACAAGAGCGUGCUGCAGUUUCAGAACGUGCGGCGCGUGGUUCAGAUUUUCCGGAUCAUGCGCAUCUUGCGUAUUCUGAAGCUGGCCCGGCACUCCACGGGCCUUCAGUCUCUGGGUUUCACCCUCAGGCGGAGUUACAACGAGCUGGGCCUGCUCAUCCUCUUCCUGGCCAUGGGCAUCAUGAUCUUCUCCAGUCUGGUGUUUUUUGCUGAGAAGGAUGAGGAGGAUACAAAGUUUAAAAGCAUUCCAGCUUCCUUCUGGUGGGCGACUAUUACGAUGACCACAGUCGGCUAUGGAGAUAUCUACCCCAAAACUCUCUUGGGAAAGAUUGUAGGGGGCUUGUGCUGCAUAGCGGGAGUGCUUGUAAUUGCCCUACCCAUUCCCAUUAUUGUAAAUAACUUCUCUGAAUUUUACAAGGAGCAGAAGAGGCAAGAAAAAGCACUUAAAAGACGAGAGGCACUAGAGAGGGCGAAAAGAAAUGGUAGCAUUGUGUCGAUGAACUUGAAAGAGGCGUUUGCUCGUAGUGCAGAGCUGAUGGACGUGGUGGUGGAGAAGAGCGAGAGGCCUCAUGACAACCACCUCUCUCCGAGUCGUUGGAAAUGGACCCCCAAGAGGGCUGCGUCCGAGACCAGCUCGAACCGCUCGUUCAACGCCCAGGAGUUAGGCUCUCCCAGCAAGGCCCGAGCCACCAGUCCCCAGAGGCUGAACGUCCAGAAGCUCGAGGAGAUGUACAACCAGAUGGCAAAGACGCAGUCACAACCCAACCUCAACGCUAAAGACAGGGGCUCCAGAGUGGGCAAACAGAGGGACGAGAUAGAGCUGGGGACCAUCCAAGAUCACGGACCGCCAGUGCUAGGAACCAGAGACGGAGUGGGGGACAUGAAAAGCUUGUCCAGCAUUGACAGCUACAUCAGUUGUGCAACAGACUUCCAGGAGAAUCCUCGAUUCCCCCACAGUCCGGCAAUUGACCUUGGCGUUCAGGAGAGCAGUCGCUUCUCAUACAGUCCAGCCACAGCUUUGUCCCAGCACGCCGGUGCAAAAACAGGCCAGCAAACCACAGGGGAGCGUGAGCCCAUGCUGACUCCCGUGUCUGUCAUGAAACCCUCAUGCCCAGAGAAUUCAAGGAAAUUCUUCUUUUCUGGAAACUACUCAAAAGGCCUUAUUCCCAAAGGAAGCUGCCGCAGCGAGGGGGAGUCAGGGCCGUCCCCGCUCUCAGACAGCUCGGUCAUGUCAGACCACUCUCUGUUAAGCCCUGAAGUUUCUGUCUACACCACUGCCAGCAGCAGGACCCCGCCCAAGUCUCCUGAAGACACCACCCUGGCUCCUACUGUCUUCACCUUCCACGACUCCUCCAUCAGCAAAUACAUCGACGCCGAUACAGACGAUGACGAACACCUGCGCGACGUCUCUGACACCAGUCCCUCAGAGCGCCUGCUGGCUGGUGGAAGCCCAAAGCGCAGCAUUAAUAAAACUUACCAGAGGGGCACUAACCAUUUAGAAGCAGCCCAGAAAAUGCUGGGCCAGAACUGUCUGUUUCCCCUCGAAGGACUUCGUGGGAUAGCUCACGAGAAUCACAUAGGACCUGAGAUGGCCCGCAGAUCAAAGGUGGAGCGGGGGCGUCAGAAUACUUUGGACAAAAACCUCUGA